CCCGGGCGGACGGGGGACGACUGUGGGGCAGACUGUCCCGAGGGCCGCUGGGGGCUCGGCUGCCAGGAGAUCUGCCCGGCCUGUGAGCACAGCGCCGCCUGCGACCCCAAGACCGGAGCCUGCCGCUGCCCACCCGGCUACACCGGCAGCCGCUGCCAGGACGCGUGCCCCGCAGGCUGGUUCGGGCCCGGCUGCCGCAUGAGCUGCUCGUGUGCCAACGACGGGCACUGCCACCCGGCGACGGGCCACUGCAGCUGUGCCGCGGGGUGGACCGGCCUCCGCUGCCAGAGAGCCUGUGACAGCGGCCACUGGGGCCCCGACUGCAGCCACACGUGCAACUGCAGUGCCGGCCGCGGGAGCUGCGACGCCGCCAGCGGCCGGUGUGUGUGCGAGGCCGGCUACCGGGGCCUGCGGUGCGAGCAGCGGUGUCCCCCGGGCCACUUUGGGCCGGGCUGCGGGCGGCGCUGCCGGUGUGAGCACGGGGGCGCCUGUGACCAUGUCAGCGGGGCCUGCACCUGCCGCGCGGGCUCGGGGACCUUCUGUGAGCGAGCCUGCCCGGCCGGCUUCUUCGGACUGGACUGCCGCCUCGCCUGUGACUGCGCGGCCGGGGCGCCGUGCGACGCCGUGAGCGGCACCUGCCUCUGCCCCGCCGGCCGCCAGGGCCCCCGCUGCGCCCAGACGUGCCCGGCCCUCACCUACGGGCACAACUGCAGCCAGGCCUGCGCCUGCUUCAACGGGGCCUCCUGCGACUCCGUGCAUGGGCAGUGCCGCUGCGGCCCGGGCUGGACGGGGCCCAGCUGCCUGCAGGCCUGCCCCUCGGGCCUGUUCGGCGAGGACUGCCGGCACGCCUGCCUCUGCCGGCACGGCGGCACCUGCGACCCCGUCUCCGGCAACUGCACCUGCGCCGAGGGCUGGGCCGGCCCCGCCUGCGAGCAGGAGUGCGGGCCCGGGCGCUUCGGAGCCGGGUGCCAGCGUAGCUGCGGGUGCCUCCAUGGUGGCCUCUGCGACCCGCACACCGGCCGCUGCCUCUGCCCCGCGGGCUGGACGGGGGACACGUGUCAGAGCCCCUGUGCCCAGGGCACCUUCGGGGCUGGCUGCGAGGAGCGCUGUGCCUGCCGGCGGGGCGCCGCCUGCCACCACGUCACCGGGGCCUGCCUCUGCCCGCCGGGCUGGCGGGGCUCCCGCUGCGACAGUGCCUGCCCGCCCGGGUGGUUCGGAGAGGCCUGUGCCCUGCGCUGCCAGUGCCCGCCGGACGCCGCCUGCCACCACGUCACCGGGGAGUGCCGCUGUCCCCCGGGCACCACCGGGCCGGGCUGCGAGCAGACCUGCCCGCCCAGCACCUUCGGGGAGAACUGUGGGCACAGGUGCCAGUGUCCCGGCGAGAACCAGACCUGCCACCCGGCCUCCGGGGCCUGCGUGUGUGCCCCGGGCCACCACGGGCCCGGCUGCCAGCAGCGGUGCCCCCACGGGCGCUUCGGGUCCGGCUGUGAGCACCGGUGCGGAUGCCUCAAUGGCGGCUCCUGCGACGCGGCCACGGGCACCUGCCACUGCCCCCCGGGGGUCCUGGGCCCCAACUGCAGCCUCUCCUGUCCCCCAGGCCGGUUUGGCGCCGGCUGCUCCCACGUCUGCAGGUGUGGGCCGGGGGCGACCUGCGACCCUGCGACGGGCAGCUGCCUCUGCCCCCCGGGGAGGACCGGCGCCCGCUGUGAGCUCGAGUGUCCCCAGCACCGGUUUGGCGCGAGCUGUGAGCACCAGUGCGCCUGCCAGCACAGCGGCCUGUGCCACCCGGCCGACGGCAGCUGCUCCUGCGGCCUGGGCUGGACGGGCCCGCACUGCGAGCUGCCCUGCCCCGCGGGGCGCUACGGCGCCGCCUGCCGCCUGGCCUGCUCCUGCCUCAACAACGGCUCCUGCGAGCCCGGCUCCGGCGCCUGCCGCUGCGGCCCCGGCUUCUACGGCCCGGCCUGCGAGCACGCCUGUCCCCCUGGCUUCCACGGGCUCGGCUGCCAGGGGCUGUGCAGGUGCCAGCACGGAGCCCCCUGCCACCCCGUCAGCGGCCAGUGUCUGUGUCCCGCCGGCUCCCAGGGCCAGUCCUGCGAGAAGGGGUGUGAGCCGGGCUGGUUCGGAGCGGCCUGCGGUCAGCGGUGCACCUGUGAGGGGGGCGCCGCCUGUGACCCCGUCUCCGGCCGCUGCCUCUGCCCCCCCGGGCGCACGGGGAACGCCUGUGAGCUCGACUGCAGAGCCGGCUUCUUCGGGCCCGGCUGUGCCCUGCGCUGUGACUGUGGGGGCGGGGCUGACUGCGACCCCGUCAGCGGCCGGUGUCACUGCGUGGACGGCCACACGGGGCCCACCUGCCGCCAAGGUGGGCCCCCCCAGCUCCCAGGGACCCCGACCCCAGCCCUGGGCCCAGCCUCCCAGGCCGCCCCCCGCCAGGCCGAGGAGCGCUAGCAGCAGCGUGCCGCAUCUGGCGCCGCCGACAGGACCCCGGGCUCGGAGCUCGCGGAGGGACACGGGGGUCAGGACAGCAGCCCCCGGCUUCCGGGCUGUGGACACUGCGGCCGCUGCAGGGCCUGCACGGUGGCCUGGCAGC